CAUCCUCCAUUUAGGCUCCCACACUCUAUUCGCCACGAAGUAGUUAUAAACAGAAAAGACAUCCAAGUGAUGGCUAACUACCUAACCUUCAUGCUUGCUUGGCUUUUAUUCUUUGCCUUAACAUUUUUUGUCGCAAUUUGGUCGUCAACUCCUACUCUAGCACAAACACAGUCUACUUCAGCUGGCAUUUGCAAGUCCAGAGUGGAAAUAUAUGGAUACAAGUGCGAAGAACACACUGUAACAACAAAAGAUGGGUACAUUCUCAGUUUACAAAGGAUUCCCAAUGGCCACCAUUCUGUCACAAUGAAAGGAAAGAAGAAGAAGAAAAUACCAGUUUUGCUUCAGCAUGGGAUUUUUAUGGAUGGGAUCACUUUUCUUCUAAAUUCGCCUGAAAAUUCAUUAGGUUACAUAUUGGCAGAUGGAGGUUAUGAUGUAUGGAUCGCUAACAGUCGAGGCACUAAGUUUAGCCGCAGACACACUGUUCUCUCUGUUAAUCAGUCGGAAUACUGGGACUGGUCAUGGGACGAACUAGUUGCCUAUGAUCUGCCCGCUUUUUAUUAUUAUGUGUACGAACAUUCAGGCCAGCAGAAGAUUCACUAUGUUGGUCAUUCUUUGGGAACUUUAUUGGCUCUUGCGUCAUUCUCCGAGAUGCCUUUAAUAGGAAUGACGAGAUCUGCAGCGUUGAUUUGCCCCAUAGCUUAUUUGAACGGAGUGAGAUCGCCAAUUGCAAGAAUUGCUGCAGACUCCUUUCUUGCCGAUGCAUAUUACUGGUUAGGCCUCAAUGAGUUUAAUCCAACAAGUGAACUUGUAAAGAGAUUCCUCAAAAUAAUUUGCAAGCAAUCUGGUAGCGAUUGUUAUGAUCUGGUCACAGACUUCACAGCAUAUAAUAUUGCAGGUAAUAACUGUUGCCUCAACAAGUCGUCCAUUAAUGUAUUUUUAGAACAUGAACCUCAGCCAACUUCAGCGAAGAAUGUCAUACACAUGUGUCAAAUGCUUAGAACAGGAACUAUAAGGAAGUUCGAUUACGGCGAUGCUAGUACGAACAUUAAGCAUUAUGGGAAUCCCCAUCCUCCAGUGUAUGAUAUGAAGGCGAUCCCCAAAGAUCUACCUCUCUUCUUGAGCUAUGGUGGCAGAGAUUGGCUCUCUGAUGUCGAGGAUGUGAAGCGUUUGUUGGCUGAUCUAAAGCCACACAGGAAGAUGAAGGCGAGGGUUAAUUAUCAAGCAUGCUAUGCUCAUGGGGACUUUGUUAUGGGCAUCAACGCUAGGCAGCUCGUAUAUAAUCCCCUCCUUUCCUUCUUAAAGCUCCAUAUAUAAUUGAUUUCAUUGUACUGACUUUGAUUUUGGUAUAGAUACAGGGUACAAUUUUCUUCCGCUUUUUGUUUUCUUUUAUCUGAGAGAACAAGGGAUCGUUCUCUCGAUUAAUCAGAACUCAAGUUACCGUAAUUUAGAAACGCAAAACAUAUACUAAAACCACAUGCAUAAUUCCUAACACGGGCGCGUAGGGCAGCAAGAACAGCUGAUACAUUAUAAAGCGCAAAAAAGACGCUAGAAACCUCAAGAAAAUAAACGGACGCAGGGUUGUGAAUUACAUGUAGAUGUUUGGUUUCUGGCUGAAAUAAUUGUGCGCGAUAAUGUGACUGCGAAGAAUGUGGCUGGUACUUAGGUCUGGCUUCUCAGAACGGAGAAAGAGCUCUUCGCAAUGAACGGCUUGCAGAGGCGGAUGCGGGGCUCCUUCCUUGAUGCAUUUCUUCUCCUUUCGGGUUAAACCCACCAUCUUCUUGAUCAGCUUAGCAACACGAUUGCGAAGCUCCUGUUUGUUUCCUCCCAUAUCUCCUUAAAUGAAUUUUGAGAAGAAGCAAAGAGUGAGGAGUUCACAUGGAGAGCAUGAGGGCUGUAGUUGUUUUCCAUGCGGCAAAGAGCCCGGUACGUUUCUCAACCCUGCCUGUUUUUGGAAGCGUGACUGAUGAUGAUGUUCACCGGCGGAGUUUGUUAUUUCUGUUUUUGGCCUAUUGGGAUGAGUGCAAUGGCAAGUCUCGGCACAACUGGGUGUGCACGUACACGUGCACAGACAAUUUCACGUAAAUAAUGUGUCAAUAAAUAAAUGAAUUGAGCUAUUGAGAUAGAAACGCAUGGGAAGCGAUCUCUCUUAACACUUUCCUGUAUGAUGAAGCACGCUGUCAAGUUUUGGCUAAUUCGAAUGCUCAUGUACCCGUGCACAAUUAAUUUCAUGUACUGCUAUAUUAAAAAAAAAACA